AUGGCAGCUAAUCUAAGCUCCAUGCAGUCAGUUUCCACAACAAAUGCAACAUUUGUUCGUCCUUCUGCAUUUUACAUCAAUGGAUUUCAUAAUAUUCCACAUGCAAAGUACUACUAUAUGUUUCUGUGUAUUGUUUAUGCUGUGACUGUUUUGGGGAAUUCUUUUAUAAUUGGCGUCAUCUACCUGGCACAUACUCUGCAUACAGCAAAGUAUAUAGCUGUGUUUAACCUGGCCUUGUCUGAUCUAGGUGGAAGCUCUGCUCUCAUUCCAAAGCUUGUGGACAUGUUUCUGUUUGAGAAUCAGUACAUAUCUUAUGAAGAUUGUCUGGCAAACAUGUUUUUUGUUUUUUUCUUUUUGGCCCUGCAGUCUUUUAGUCUGCUUGUUCUGGCUUAUGACAGAGUAGUUGCUAUAUGUUUUCCUCUGAGAUACCAUGCUAUUGUGACCAAAGCCACGAUGACUAUGAUUAUUGGUGUUAUGUGGAUUGUCUCUGUGUUCAUCUUUGUUCUUUUUGUAGCUCUGGUUACCAGACUGUCCUUCUGUAGAUCUAUUGUUGUUGACAGUUAUUUCUGUGAUAACGGUCCCAUAUUUAGAAUAGCAUGUAAUGAUAACUCUGUGAACAGGAUAAUGGGGCUUGUCUGUAUUGCUGUAGUUAUUUACAUUCCAUUGGCAUUAAUAACUUUAUCUUAUUUCAUAAUUGGUUUUGCUUUGCUUAAGAUGUCACGUGGGUUUGAAAGAAUCAAAGCUAUGAAAACGUGCACGGCCCACCUCAUAUUAGUGGCUAUAGGUUAUCUACCAAUUUCAAGCAUUUAUGUUGCAGCUUAUAUAACACCUAUAAAUCCAAACGUACGAAUCUUCAAUACUGCCCUGACACAAACCAUACCACCAAUGCUAAAUCCCAUCAUUUAUGCUCUAAAUACAGAGGAAGUCAUGUAG